AUGGGCCAGAGUCAAAGACGCGGCGGGCGUCGCGACCACAGGCUCCCAGCGGCAGCGGGAAACGGGUCCUACCGGCAGCCGGAGGCCGGGAGGAAGGAGGAGAAAGCGCAGGCCCGGCCCCUCCGCCGAGCGGAAUGCACGUCGGCGGCAGCGGCGGCGGCGGCGGCUGCGGCGGCGGCAGCGGAACAGGCGGGCCGGGCGCCGGGCUGCACCUGCGCGCAAGCCGCGCGCCCCACCCCGCUCCGCCCCGCGCUCCCCCCAUCCCGUCCCGCCCAUUGGUUUGGCCGCGGGAGGCGGGAGAGGGUGGGAGGAGUCGCGCGGCGCCCGAGCUGGCGGGAGCUGGAAAACCAUCCUUGCAGGCCUGAGCCGGUCACGCAGGAGCGCGCGUCUUCCGCCAUCCCUACACGUGGGGCUUCUCGGCCCCGGAUCUCCGCUUCCUUACCGGUGCGCGCCCCGUGUUUCUCGCACACGCUCGCUUGCCGCCUUCCAGCCCCACACUUCACCCGCCGCUUCACCUCGAAGCACCCUCGGCCUGACCGCCCGCGCGGAGGCGGGUCGCCUGAGGUCUGGCGAUCAGCCGCGCCAGCCCCGCUUGGCCGCCAGCUGAGUCCUCGGGGACCACGGCCCCAGCUCGCCUCCUUUUCCUAUAACGCUCUUCAGUCAAUCCAGAUGUUUACAGGAAAUACAGUGGGUGGGAGGACAAGUUGAAUUACACUAUGAAGGAACAGUUAUCCAAAUCCAGAAGAGCACAGGCUCCGGAUGCGCAGGCUCAGCGGCC